AUCUGGACAUCAAGUAUAAGGCCAGCUUCAUCCGCAACGUUUUACCCCUGUCAUAUCAGUUUGUCAUGUCUCUUGAAUAGCGCUCUAGGUGCUUUUAAAGCGAUUCGAGCAAGUGUAUACCGCCAAUACUUUUAUUGUCAAUCUUACAAUCUCAGCGCAUCAUGACCGCAAGCGGUGUUACCAACUCUGCGCCUAUAUGUGUGGCUUCAACUCGACGAGAUGAUGAGGCCUGUGAUGCAUCUUUAGACAGCCAUAGCCAUGAUACUCCGAGCACCGCAUGUGGCGCCGACAAAAGCGCCUCCGACACAAAUUUUGUCAAGAGUGUAGAAUGGACUCCCGAUGGCACCACCCUUCUAACAGAUUCCGCAGACUAUCAUAUAAGAACUUACAUCUUGCCACCUGAUCUUUUAGAAGAAAGACCGUCACCGCACCGGUUGUCUCCUUACUCAGUGCUACCUUCAGCAGAGCCAACCUAUGCAGCUGCUAUUUAUCCUUAUUAUUCUCUUCAGGAUCCAGCUACUACACUUUUCCUAUCAUCAGUCCGAGAUCAUCCAAUCAGACUGGCCUCAACUCUUGCCCCUACGUUGUUGGCGACUUAUUCCUUGAUACACCCAACCACGGAAGCUUUUAUAACGCCGCAUUCAAUUAUCUAUCCACACGCUCUUGGUGGAACGCAUUUCCUCACUGGAUCAGAUAGCCUUAUAUGUCUCUUUGAUGUUUCCCGGCCCGGGAACGAUGGACCUGUUUCUUGGAUGCCUACUAUACCCAGUAAGCGUAAACAGACAGUGGGUGGGGGCGUUGGAAUGAAGGGUAUCAUUUCCGCUAUGGCCAUCAAUCCAACAGAAGAUGGCAUAUUAGCAGCUGGUACCUUCUCAAGACAGGUAGGAUUGUAUGACUCAAACGGAACCGGGCAGUCCUUAGGCACGUUUAGUAUUGCAAAGACCGAUGCUAGUCAUCGUAUUGGGGGUCGAGGUAUCACCCAGCUCCUUUGGAGUCCUUGUGGACGAUACCUAUAUAUCGCUGAACGGAAGAGUGACGGUGUUAUGAUAUACGACAUCCGCGUAACCGGUCAAUUACUUGGCUGGUUAGAAGGCCGCAAAGCCAUCACUAAUCAGCGGAUGAAAGUUGACAUUGUCUCUACUAAUCAAGGUACCUCGCAUGAGAUCUGGGGUGGAGGAACUGACGGUUUCAUGAGGGUAUGGCGUGACCCGACCCAUACUGCUGGAGGGCAGGAACCAGUAUCGGAAUGGAAGAUCCAUAAUGACUCGGUGAGCAGUACAGUACUGCAUCCAAUGGGCAAUGUUGUGGCUACGUGUGCUGGGCAAAGACACUAUUCAGACGACGAUGGCUCGUCUUCUAGAGAAAAGCCUGACAAUAGCGUGAAAGUAUGGUCUAUGCCAUUCCUGUAGGCCUGCUGAAUAUGAGUCAGGUUCUUUCUAACUCUCCAACGGCAUCCGGGGCAGUUCACACCCUUUGAAAAUUGAAAUUACUGCUAUGAACCAUUAUCAUGGAUGAGACGGGGAGGGAAAGGAGGCCAUCAAAGAAAGCCAAUGCAACUCUCGGAUGACUACCUCGGGGCAGUCAGGGAAUUGAUAGCAGGCUACCACCAUCUUUGAGUCAGAUGAACCUGGAAGUCUUUUCAGGUGAAAGUCUAUAA